UAGUAGUAAUUUGGGAAUUUUCCUUAGCCGACGAGGGUUUAGGAGAAAUCAGCCGCCACAGUAAACUCUGCCUCUCCCAAUCCAUGGAUUCAAUGAGUAGCAGGCGAUUGAGAGCAUUCAAGCGGUGGAUGAAGUCCCAGGGCAUUCAAUGGAGCAGCGACGCUAUCCACUUCCAAUUCACGGACGACAACGAAGACGGCAUUUCAGUGAUAGCAGUUAGGGAUAUAACACAAGGAGAGGUGGUCGCCUCUAUUCCUAAAGCCGCCUGCCUCACCGUCAGAACAACUGGCGCUAGCCACAUCAUCGGAGAAACCGGUUUCGGCGGUUGCUUGGGACUGUCCCUUGCACUUAUGUACGAGAUUAGUUUAGGCGACCUCUCUCCUUGGGCUCCCUACCUCCGCCUCUUGCCCCGCUCCCAAUCGCUUCCUCUCCUUUGGACUCUAUCGGAGGUCGACCGCUUUCUUCUCGGUACUGAACUCCACAAGAUUGUGGAAGAAGAUAAAGCUCUUAUUUAUGAUGACUGGAAAGAGAGCAUAUUGCCUCUCAUUCAUCCCCAUAAUCUUCAUCCUGAAUUCUUUGGGGUUGAUCAGUAUUUCGCUGCAAGGUCUCUUAUUGCUUCGCGAUCUUUUCAAAUUGAUGAUUUUCAUGGCAUUGGAAUGGUUCCCUUGGCUGACCUGUAUGUAUACUUUAACCACAAGACCGGAGCUGAGGAUGUUCACUUUACAUGUGGCUCCUCUGAUUCUGAAUCAGAUAGUGAGGGUGAUGAGGAUGAUACUGAGGCUGAUCUUUCUUUUACUGAACAUACUCUGGAUCAGGUACCAUCAAGUCCAUUGCCAGAGUGCUCUUCAGAUGAUCUCAAGGUGUUGGAAAUGAUCAUGGUCAAAGACGUCAAGGCUGGGGUUGAGGUCUUUAAUACAUAUGGAUCAGCGGGUAAUGCUGGAUUGCUUCAUCGAUAUGGGUUCACUGAGCCAGAUAAUCCUUAUGACAUUGUCAAUAUUGACUUGGACUUGGUACUUGAAUGGAGUACAUCACUUUUCUCUGCCCGGCAUAGCAGGGCAAGGUUGGGCCUAUGGAGAAAACUAGAAUACUCUGGAUGUGUUAGUGAAAAUGCUGAAUACUUCGAGAUCUCGUUUAACGGGGAUCCACAAGUUGAGUUGUUGUUAUUGCUGUACAUAAUGUUGUUACCAGAAGAUGACUACCACAAAUUGGAUUUAGCUCUAUCAACUGCAAACAACGAUAAACAUUCCAUCAACCUGAUUUUGUCAGAAAAAGGCAAUAUCUCACUGGUUAAAGGCUCAGAAAUUAAUCAAGAUCUGUUGCUUACAGAAAGUGUUUGUGAUGCUCUUUUGUGGCUUGCUAACAAGAGGGAGAGUUUGUACAGCACAAAUUCAAUAAAGGAUGAUAUUGAAGCACUGGGAGGAUGUAGCGAGAAGGAAAGGAAGCUGUACCAUUCACUCAUGUUGCGUGUGAGUGAGAGGAGAAUUCUUGAGAAACUUAGAACUUAUGCUAGUGUUGGUACUAAAUUGUUAAACUUCACUAAGCAAAAGGGUAAAAGAUUGAAGAGGAGUUGAGAUUAGACACUCAAAUUUCCUUCAAAUGAUAUGAAGUUUGCAGUUUUGUUUUUCCAUAUUCUUUUGGUAGUUUGAGGUCUAGUACAGGCACAGCCAUAUUUUUAUUCAUUUGGGAUAAAAGUCAUCAUGGGCUGUUGGACACUCUGUGAGAAUGAGUGUCAAAAGAUGGUUGCUUCUUUACUGAGGGUCUCCUGUUUCACUCAUGUACUGUGUUCCUCUCAUUGCUAGAUAUUAUCGGCACUGACCUCUAACAUAACCACCGGUGCUGCGUGGUAUUUGUGCCCCAUGUUUCACGAUCUUUGAUGAAACCUGCUAGUGAAACAUGGCCUGUAUUUGUCAUCUGCUAAAACUAUAUUUUGGAUGAAACUGUCCAAUGCUGAAAUUUAAUUUAGGCGCUAGUCUUGGGUCUUCACACAUAAAACUUGAUCACUUGAGUUGUAGGUAGAUUUUAGAUUUUUUUUUAAUUGUAAUUUGCUGUUUGAUAUGUUCAGCCAUGGAAGAGGAUGUUGAUAUUUGGGUGGAAGUAAUCAAAUGGUUUGUAGUUGAGGCUUAUUUGUGUAAUAUGGAGGCUGUAUUAUUUGAAAUUGAAAUAAUGUGCGGCUCCUGCAACAAUA